GAGCCCUUGGGGCUGAGGUUCUAUUGCUGGCAGAGAGAAGGGCGGGGCAUGGGGCAAUGUUUGAGGUACCAGAUGCACUGGGAGGACCUGGAAGAGUACCAGGCCCUGACCUUCCUGACCAGAAAUGAAAUUCUGUGCAUCCACGACACCUUCCUGAAGCUCUGCCCUCCCGGGAAGUACUACAAGGAGGCGACACUGACCAUGGACCAGGUCAGCUCCCUGCCAGCCCUGCGGGUCAACCCCUUCAGAGACCGCAUCUGCAGAGUGUUCUCGCACAACGACGUGUUCUCCUUUGAGGACGUGCUGGGCAUGGCCUCCGUGUUCAGCGAGCAGGCCUGCCCCAGCCUGAAGAUCGAGUACGCCUUUCGCAUCUACGAUUUUAACGAGAAUGGCUUCAUCGACGAGGAGGACCUGCAGAGGAUCGCCCUGCGCCUGCUCAACACUGAUGACGUGUCUGAGGACCUGCUGAUGGACCUCAUGAAACACGUCCUGAGUGAGUCGGAUCUGGACAAUGACAACAUGCUGUCCUUCUCAGAGUUUGAACACGCGAUGGCCAAGUCUCCAGAUUUCAUGAACUCCUUUCGGAUCCACUUCUGGGGCUGCUGACGAGGGGCCAGCACAGCGAGCACCAGAUCCAGCAGCCUCGAGGAACGCCCUGGGAAC